UCUCACGGCCGCCAUGAUGCUUGUUUGCUUUCAGUGAGAAAGAGCAGCGGAUCAGAAACAAAGGAAACGCGCACUCGUCUUUGUGAACUGGUAUGAGCUUACAGUAUUACAGGGAUGCCCAAGGAAAAAUAUGAUCCGCCUGACCCAAGGCGGAUGUACACGAUUAUGUCCAGUGAGGAGGCGGCCAAUGGAAAGAAGUCAACUUGGGCAGAGCUGGAGAUUGUUGGUAAAGUAAAGAGUUUGAGUUCAGCAUUAUGGUCCCUCACCCACCUCACUGCUCUUUAUAUCAGUGAUAACUCACUUUCGCGAAUCCCGCCCGACAUUGCCAAACUAAACAACUUGGUGUAUCUGGACCUCUCGUCCAAUAAGAUCAGGAGCCUGCCCGCCGAGCUAGGCAACAUGAUUAAUCUCAGGGAACUGCUUUUAAAUAACAACCAGUUACGAGUUCUGCCUUUUGAGCUUGGAAAACUCUUUCAGUUACAAACAUUGGGUUUGAAAGGAAACCCUCUUGCACAAGAAAUCUUGAACCUCUAUCAAGAGCCCGAUGGGACCCGUCGGCUUCUCAACUACCUGCUGGACAAUCUCGCAGGCACCAAACGCGCACCCAUAGAACAGCCUCCACCUCGCUCAUGGAUACCACUGCAGGAGCCAGACAGAACACGGCCAGCAGCACUUUUCUCUGUGAUGUGCUACAACGUGCUAUGUGAUAAGUACGCCACGCGUCAGCUCUAUGGCUACUGUCCCUCGUGGGCCCUCAACUGGGAAUACAGGAAGAAGUCCAUCAUGCAGGAGAUCCUCAGCUGCAGUGCAGACAUCAUCAGCCUACAGGAAGUGGAGACGGAGCAGUACUACAACUACUUCCUGGUGGAGCUGAAGGAGCAGGGUUAUGAAGGUUUCUUUAGCCCUAAGUCCCGAGCCAGGACCAUGUCUGAAUCUGAUCGCAAACAUGUGGACGGCUGUGCAGUUUUCUACAAAACAGACAAGUUCAGUCUGGUGCAGAAACACACAGUAGAGUUCAACCAGCUGGCGAUGGCCAACUCUGAGGGUUCGGAGGCCAUGUUGAACAGAGUGAUGACCAAGGACAACAUCGGGGUGGCUGUACUACUAGAGCUGCGGAAAGAGAUGAUGGAGCUGUCCGCUGGAAAGCCUCUGCAUGGCAUGGAGAAACAGCUCCUCCUGGUGGCCAACGCUCACAUGCACUGGGACCCUGAGUACUCGGACGUGAAGCUCGUCCAGACCAUGAUGUUCCUGUCAGAAGUGAAGAACAUUGUAGAUAAAGCCACUCGCAGUCUGAAGCUCUCCUCAGUUUCUGGAGAAACCAACGCCAUUCCUCUCGUCCUGUGCGCUGACCUCAACUCUCUGCCUGACUCAGGUGUUGUGGAGUACCUGAGCACAGGUGGAGUGGACGGCACACACAAGGACUUUAAAGAGUUGCGCUAUAUUGACAGCUUGACCAACUUCAACUGCAACGGCAAGAACGGCACCUCCAGCACCAGGAUCACACACGGCUUCAAACUGAAGAGUGCUUACGAGAACGGCCUGAUGCCUUACACCAAUUACACCUUUGACUUCAAGGGCAUCAUUGACUACAUCUUCUACUCUCAACCUUUGCUUAACGUGCUGGGUGUACUGGGUCCCCUGGAACACCACUGGCUCCUCGAGAACAAUGUCACUGGCUGCCCUCAUCCCCACAUCCCCUCCGAUCACUUCUCCCUGUUUGCACAACUGGAGCUGCUCCUGCCCUUCCCGCCUGCUGUCAACGGCAUCCAUCUGCCCGGCCGCAGGUAGUUCUCCGAGCCAGCAGGGGGAGCUCCGGCCCCCAAACUCCUUUGCUCUCGCAGAAGGAGGGCUGUUGUGUACAAAUCUGAAUCCUUAAGGGGAGACGAUGGGGUAUGGCAAACUUUUAUUCCCAUGGAUUUUAACUCGGACACUUAUGUCAGUCUUAUCUAUACCACCUACCACCCACUUUUCUUUUGUUUCGGUUUAUCGUUUUCCUUUUCUCCGUUUCUGGGCACAAUUAACAUUGUACUUUUUUAAAACUCCUAAGGGGCCCUGAGUGAUCAUGUAAGUUUUACCUUGCGACAGAUUAAAAAAAAAAAGCUUUUUAUAUAUAAAUAUAUGAAUAACUCAAUGGCAAUAUCUUUGAAACACAUGCAGGGAGUCCAGAUCAGUUAUCAUGAAAUGCAUAAUUUGGAUCAUGCAACUACGAGGCCAGUUUAGAGCAAGCAGCUGAAUUUGAUGACGACACAAGAAAAACAAUUUCACCAGCUUAGGUCAGAUAGUACGGUUUCCAAGAGCAACCCUUUAAAAAAAGGGCUUUUAAUGUGUAAAGAGAGCUGGCCGAACUCACAUUUGCACUCUGCGGUGCUGAGGCCUCCACGGAUCCUAAAACGGCCCACCGACGCCACCUACUCGGGCCUCGUCUAUAGUCCAUUGGAUGCCAGUACCUUUUUAUAUUCAUACUUUUAAGAAAGCAGCAUUUCAAGAGCCAAAAUGGCCGACUUAUGAAGUUGUCUUGCUUCAUGUGCCAUAGAUCACCUGCUAAUCUGGUGCAUACAACAGUUUCAGUAAAGGGAAAGUCAUCGGGAAGGGUCAGCUGUGUUUUAGUGAAUGACCGUAGCCUUUCCAUUUUCUUUGGAGAUCACAUUAAGAUGCAGAGAAUAGGGCAAAGACAAGCACAUCCCAGUCAUAGGUGGAUAAAUAAAACCCUCGAUGCGACCAGUAGACGCCUCGCCCAGCCAAGUCUCCAGUUCACUCCUUUCUUUUCUUUUUUUUGUGUAAAUUUUUAGUUUCCUUUUCUCUACAUGAUUGUAUACAAGCAACACAAGUCCUGAUCUACUGCAUUCUUUUUGUUUCCUUUUUGUUUUGUACGUACACUUUUAGAUUUGGAUGGAAAAAAAAAAUAAUGAUUGUAUUGUAAAUGAAAGCAAAAUUUCUAUCAGUUUUAGAUGUUCAUCCGGAUGAACAUACAAAAGACCAGCGCGUGUAAAUUAAUUAUUUUCAGGUUUCUGCUGUGUAAAGUUGCACUUGUCCAGGUUUCCCAGUUUUUACCCAGUGUACCAGUUCUGUUUUUGUUUGAAUUUUUGGAACGUAUAGCUCCAAGGCAGAUUUCUGGUGACGUUGUCCUGUUACCCGCUUUGAUAUUAAAGUACACAUGACAUUGUGCCUCACUGAUUCAUUUCUCUAAGCGCACUGCCAGUGCUAUCGGUGAACACCUGAACAGCCUACAAUAUCCUCAUUUCUGUUUGUUGGGUUCUUUCUGUGUUGGAUAGUGAACAUCUUUAUUCCGCUCUUCUUUUUUUCGGGUGUCUACAAAAUCAAGUAAAGUGAGUCAAUUGAGUCAUCUUCAAUUUCAUCCACCUCUUUGUUUGAAUUCUGUAUUUACUGCCAUUUUCUCCCUCUCGACUCAGGCGAUUUCAUUUCAAGUCUAUUUUGCUUGUUCGCUUCCUGCUAGGUCACAGUUAUCUCCUCGCGUCGUGCCAUCCAAUGCCACAAGGCCAAGUGUAAAGCUCCAUUUACUACUGUAAAACCUGUUUUCUGACCUGAUGAAGGUGAUUUUUAUUUUGUCUGUUUUCUGCUCUAAACGCAAGGCCGGCGUUCCUGUAGUGUAGUCAGAUUUUUUUUUUUUUGGACUUCAUUGGCGUCAUGCUCGCAAAGCCAAUUUGUUUUUCGUUUUCUCCUUCCCUUUUGCAUUUGUCAUGUUUUAAAAGUUGAACGGAUUGACAAGCACUUAUUGUAGAUCACUGGUGCAGCUACUCCUUGCUUUUUUUAAAAAAACUAUAACAUGCUUUUGUCAUGAGGCAGAGGUCAAUUUUAAUGACUUUUAUCAAGCAAGAGUAAAUAGAUGAAAUGGGGGAGGACCAUCUUCUAGUUCCCCUUUUUUGGUGUCCCAUGUUUUAUUCCUCUCAUUUGUUUUGUUUUCCUUCUGGUUCUUAAACCGAAAGCGACUUGUCUGGUUCUAUUGGAUUGCUGAUGGUGUUGUAGUAAAAAAAAAAAAAGAUUUUUUUUGUAAAGUGUGAAUAAUGUAUCACGUUUCCUUUUCCUUGACAUGAAUUGUGUUGAUGUGUGUGUAUUAUAUCUAAUAGUUUUGUUUUUUUUCAUCUUGCUUUUGUUUUGUAAUACUCAAAACCAAAUUUUUUGUAAAAAUGUUGGCACACUGAAUUAUAGAUUUAUAUUGUUGCUAACCUUCACUUCGAGAUACUUUUGAGAAAAGAAAAACUACGUUAAUGAAAUUGUAGUCACAUAUAAAUAAAGAGCUGUCAUUUUGUCACCAAACAGUUUCAACUUUGACCCUGAGCUUUGUGGCAUUUUACCUGGUUUCAGAGCCAGUAGUUUAAAGCAUACGAAUGUUAUUUGGAUUAAGCAUAGCAGACGCUUUCCCUCCCUCCUUUUCUUUUAUAAAUUCCUCCUUUCAUAGGUGUUUUCUUGCUAUUACUCUCCAGAAGAUAGUAAAAGGCUAAAGCAACUUUCCACCUUUUGAAAAUGGCCUCAUUUUACAGCUCCCGUAGAGUUUAACCGUUAUGGUUUUGUUUUUUAUUUUUAAUCCAUUCGGCAGUGUCUGAUGGGAGAACUUUUAGCUUAGCAUAAAUCAUUGAAUUGGAUUAGACCAUUAGCAUCGUUCUCAAAUGACCAAAUAGUUUAGAUUUUCCUAUUUAAAGCUUGAUUUUUCUGUAGUUCCAUGUGCUAAGAUCAACGUAAAAUUUGAAAGUUGCUAUUUUUGAAGCCAAUGUUGCUUAGAACUAGACGUUCCGGCGUAAUAAUCAAAGGAUUUGCUGUUGUACUAUGCCUCCAACAGGCAAAAUAUUCCUGAAAAUCAGCUAAUCUCUGCAUUCUGGUGAAAAUAGAUCCGCACCAAACUAAAUGUUCUGAAUUGACAUGAAGACAUGGGCUGUGGAAAAUUGCCCAUCGUACUACUCACUCCAUUUGAAUAUAAAUCUACUACUCGGUCGUUAGAAAAGUACAUUCUAUACAGUAUGAUUGUCAGUAGUAUGAGUGGAACUCUGACGUACAUCCGCCAUUGUCAUUGCAUAACCUACCUGCUUCAGUUCCGUCGUUUUACUCCCAUUCAUAAAUUUUCACGGUGCACCAUGGGGGUAGCUUUAAUGCGACUUCAGAAUCUCUCCACAAAUAGUAGGUUGUUUGGGUACUUCUCACAUACUGUUUUUCGAAUUCUAUGAAUUCGAACAUGCUAGGCUCGCAUAUUGAUUUUUAGCGUACUAUAUAGUAUUUUGACAUGCUUGCUGAUUUUCAGGUGUUGCGUAAUACUACGCGUCGGACCACAGUAAAGUUCCUUAAUUGUUACGCCUGAAUGAAGAGUAUAGUUUCUAGCUACUUUUUAUUUUCUGUCAGUCUUUGUACACAAUUUAACAACAGAAGAGAUGAGAUUUAAACAAGUGAUCAACUCUUUGGGAACGAUGCUAAUUUACUAAUGUGAUUGAAUCAUCUUGGCUGAAAGUGUCAGCGAUCGGCUGAAUGGGUUAAUUUUGUAAAAUGAGCCCCUUUUUAUUAAAGUAUAGUGUUCCUAAGGGUUCAAUAAGACAGAGACAUGUUUUAUAUUAACAAGUGUUCUUGAUGCCCAUAUUGUGUUCUGUGCAUUCAGUGUCACUGACUUCCUAAAAAAAAGUCACUUCUAAAAUUCUGCAUGUUUAAAUAUUGUUGCCAUCGCCAUAUCGAUGUUUUGAGAAGUUUUCAUUUCCUUUGGGUCAAACACGACAAUGGUUUCAGGUGGUGUCUUGUGCACGACAAGCAAAAACAGCGUGAUGCUAAUCAUGUCAACAUGCUCAACUUGGCAAUAAUGACUCGCAGCCAUUUUUUUCUUUUUUUUUUUCCUGUUCUUUUCACAUCCACUUUGAGCAGAUGUUCUUGGCUUUACCAUAGAAAUCCUUUUCAUUUCCUUUUCCUGUUUCAUAGUCUACUUUUCUCUGUUUUUAGGGGUAGUAGUUCAAUGGUCAGGAUUGUGGUUGAAUCAGCCGAGAGUCAAUAAAUAUUUAGGUAAUGUCACUAUAUAAUGCACUGGACCAACUCUUGUUUACCAUUUAUGGAAUACCAGCAUAACACUUGCACAAUGUUUAAUGAAAAAAAAGAAUGUUGCAUAUAUAUGAUUAAAUAAAUAUAUAUAUGGUAAAAGAAUAUAGAUGUACAAAAAUCAAAUAAUGGCAGCUGUUUUUAAUUCAAUAUUAAGUGUUGGGGAUAAAAACCUAAUGGUAAACAAGGCGUUUUGGAUUUCACGGUUUCUCCAGUUCUCUUGGUUCUCUGAGUAGUGAUGUGUUUAUAACAGGGUCAGCUUGUUUUCCUUUACACCUAUGUAUUUUUUCCUACUCAUGGUUAAAUAAAUUCUAUAUCUGUUUCA